UGGGUUUAACUCUUUGAAGGUCAGUUCGCAGUGCGUGGGAAAGUUGUCGGUGGUAAAUGUGCCACGUCUGCUAGGAAUGGGGCGUCAUGAACUUGCCAGAAGCCGUUGCCCUUAAGCCUUCAACUGCAUUCUCAAUUCUGUGAGGGAGGCCCUUUCUCUGUUUUUGUAGGAACUUCUUUCCUGCUCCAGCACCAUGAGGCUUUUCCUGUGGAACGCGGUCCUGACGUUGUUAGUCACUUCUUUGAUUGGGGCUCUGAUCCCAGAGCCAGAAGUGAAGAUUGAAGUGCUCCAGAAGCCGUUCAUCUGCCAUCGCAAGACCAAAGGAGGGGAUUUGAUGUUGGUGCACUAUGAAGGCUACUUAGAAAAAGACGGCUCCUUAUUUCACUCCACUCACAAACAUAACAAUGGUCAACCCAUUUGGUUCACCCUGGGGAUCCUGGAGGCUCUCAAAGGUUGGGACCAGGGCUUAAAGGGAAUGUGUGUAGGAGAGAAGAGAAAGCUCAUCAUUCCUCCUGCCCUGGGCUAUGGCAAAGAAGGAAAAGGUAAAAUUCCCCCAGAAAGUACAUUGAUAUUCAAUAUUGAUCUCCUGGAGAUUCGAAAUGGACCAAGAUCCCAUGAAUCAUUCCAAGAAAUGGAUCUCAAUGAUGACUGGAAACUCUCUAAAGAUGAGGUUAAAGUGUAUUUAAAGAAGGAGUUUGAAAAGCAUGGUGCGGUGGUGAAUGAAAGUCAUCAUGAUGUUUUGGUGGAGGACAUUUUUGAUAAAGAAGAUGAAGACAAAGAUGGUUUUAUAUCUGCCAGAGAAUUUACAUAUAAACAUGAUGAAUUAUAAAGAUACAGCUGCUCAUUUUAUAUAGCAUCCAUUCUUAAAGAGAAGGCAAUCAACUCUAAAGAAAGUCUUAGUUUUUAAGAAUGUUCUGUUCUUACAUUGUUUUUGUUUUUUCGAAAUAUUAUUUGAAGAACCCCUCAGGGUUUCUACAUACCCAUUUCUUUCUGGUGAGUUAUUAGGAAAAAAAAAUUAAUUUGUCUUUUAGUAGAAGACUCUGGACCAUUUUCCCCUUUUACCUAUGAAGCCUCAUGUUUUACUUGCGUAAUUUUAAAAUAUUGCAACUGUGAGCAUACCCAACAUAAGACCAGGUCAUAGCACAAAUUAGGACCCUUUAUUUCUGCUCCCCUCUCUUCUCUCCAAAUUAGAUACUGAUAUUUGAAAAGUCUUUUACAAUAGUCCAAGGCUUACUGUUUUCAUGUUAUAAUGAAACAGUGUGUCUGCCUUUGAUCCCUGCUUGAAGGCAACAAGAAAGUGGUUGUUGAACUGGUGAACAGUUACUGCUUUACUGAGGAGAUGUGCAAUGCUGAAGUGAGUCACAAAGUUGAUAAAUUAUAAAUAUGUAUACAUUGAAUAUUCUUUCUUGGCCUUAAGCUAUAUAUGGUUUGAUUUUUCUAGUGAAAAAUAACCUGUCAUGGGAAAUAGGACAAGUUAUUUAUGUAUUUUUUUCUUCCUAAUAAAAUGUGUCAAAAUAUUGUAGAGGAGGUAAAGAAUUGUAUUUAAUCAGUAUUUUACUUUUUAAAGCUAGCAGAUUACCACUCCUAGUUCUUUAAUGUCAAAAAUCUAUAACAAGUAUGUAACAGUACAAUAACUUUGAAUCCUAAGGGAAAUUAGUGAGCCAAGGAAAAUUUUCAUAUUUCUGCCUUGAUAAAAAGUGAGGCAGAUGCACAGCAAUCACUAUUGAAUAGAGAUCUAAUCUGGGUCAAAAAACUGAUAGAAUUUUAUGUUCAGUUGGCUUUUAUCCUUAAUGCUUUUUAAAAGUGCCCAAAUCUCAAUAUACUACUAAUAAUUCCUUGUAGUUUACAAAGUGUUCUCAAGUACAUCAUUGUCUUUGCUCCUUAUUCUGAAGCCCGUGAAAAAAUCUGAUGGAUCUUAAUAUGCCUGUUUUAUAGGUGUGGAAAUUAUCAUUCAAAUAGUUUGUCAUGCCCAAGGUCAACAGCUAAUUUGUAGAUGAACUAGAUUUUCUAUCCUCAAGUAGGCUUUCUGCUGCCCUCUACUAUUGAAAAAGUAAAUUUUUCUUUGAAUUCACUGUGCCCAAUGCGCUCUUCAUUUGCUAUCCUAGCAGUCAGUUUUGGUUUUUGUCUUUAGGUCCUCAUCCUUUGAAGAUGGUUUACUGUCUGUUUCUGGUGCUUUAUAAGUCUAUGAGCCAGGCUUUGGUUUCAUUGAAUACUCUUGGGGUUAACACUGAAUUGCCUCAAAAACCCUGCGCAGUGAGAGGGUCCAAGUGUGUGUCUUAGUCCUUUAAUUCCUGCUUACCUCUAGGUUUUUCUUUUCUCUUUUUUUAAGAAUUAUGAACAAUGGUUAUAUCAUCUAUAGACUACUUUCACUGAUUGCAUAUUGACAUUUUCCUCACUAAAACAAAAUUCUUGGUCUUGUAUUGUCGCUGUCAUUUUCCUAAACCUAAGAUUCUUCAAUACAGAAAGCCUUGUGCUGUGUUAUGGGGAGAAAGAAGUAGUUUGAUCUAUGGUUCUACUUCUUAGGAACAUUAUUGGUGGUACUGUUUAUGGUAGAACAAGAAAAGUAAACAGAAUUAUGAUGAUUCAAGUAGCAUAUUUCCUUAUCUCAUGAAUUUGUAUCAAUUCCCAUCUGUAUUUAGACACAAGUAUGAAAUGAAAACAUAUAACUAGGUUAUGAUUGUUUUUAAGUUACCUGCUUUUUUGGUUAACUGCACCUUUGUGCCUUUCCAUUUGUGGGAAUGAUCAGACAUGAACUGUGACCUCACUUUAUGUAAUUGGACUCAUUAAUACUGCUAGAUGUGUUAUAUUUAAAUCCAUAUGAUUAUGUUGUGCUAUUCUUUUAAAAAUAAAAUCUAUUUGGGAAAUAAUUGGUUUUAUGAAAAAUUUUCAAGCGCCACUUUCCUUAGUAGCUUUAUUGGUUUUCUUAACUGUUAUUGUAGAUUUUAUGUCAAAACUAAGUGAGGAAGAUGUACAGGUUACAUAUAUUUGUAAGGAAAGCUGGGGUUUGGUUUAAAUUUUAAGUUUUGAAAUAGUGUUAAACCUUGAGCAUUGGGGGCUAUAGUUAAUAGUGAAUUUUUGGUACUGGCAGCAGUGGUUUUUGCUUUGUUUGCUUGCUUUAGUGGUAGUUAUCACUGUUGUUUAAGUUUGGGAUUUUAUGGUAUGUCACAGGUAGACAGGAUGAUGAUUAAUGCCUACUGAGUAAAUUAAUGCUGUAAAAUACCCUAUAUAAUUAAGUGAAAGUCUGUAUUGCCAUAAAAAUUAUAAGAAAAUGAUUUUUGAUUCAGAUGGGUGAUUAGCCAUUUAGAUCUUUCCUUGCAGAAAUGAAUUGGUACCUCACCUUAUUCAUGAUACAGGAUAUUGCUUACAUCCAUAAUGAUAUUUAGAUAUAAGCAUGCUAUCUCUCCCCACGGAGUUGAGUGGAUGGUGAUUUCUCAGUGUUGUUGGAAAUUGCAAGAGGACAAAAAGGAAAUUGGUGGAAUGUUGUGGGGGAAAAAAUACAUCUCUCAACUUUUUAUUAAAAAAGCAAAUUAUCAUUGUAAUAAUAACCUUGGGAAAAAUAAUAAGGAACUUAUUUUCCAGAGAUGUAGAACUCUUAGACAUAAGACUUUUUUGUUUUGCUUUCUUUCUUACCUACUUAGUUUGAAUUGAAAUCUAAAAUGUCAAACAUAAUUAUAAAUUCAUAUACCCUUUUGAAAACAUUAAAAUUACAGUACUUCCA